CCACGCGAGGUGACCCCCUCGGAGGGAGCGCCCCCAACCCCGCACCUCGGUGUUUCAGCAGGGCUCCCCCCAAGAGGCUCCUGCCAAGAUGGCAUCAGCUGGAGACCCCCCUGCGGGGCCCCGGGACGCGGCUGACCAGAACUUCGACUACAUGUUCAAGCUGUUGCUGAUUGGUAACAGCAGCGUGGGCAAGACGUCCUUCCUGUUCCGAUAUGCGGACGACUCCUUCACGCCCGCCUUUGUGAGCACUGUGGGCAUCGACUUCAAGGUCAAGACCGUCUACCGCCAUGACAAGAGGAUCAAGCUCCAGAUCUGGGACACGGCAGGUCAGGAGCGCUACCGGACGAUCACCACAGCCUACUACCGUGGGGCCAUGGGCUUCCUGCUCAUGUAUGACGUCGCCAACCAGGAGUCUUUUGCCGCCGUGCAGGACUGGGCCACGCAGAUCAAAACCUACUCCUGGGACAAUGCCCAGGUCAUCCUUGUGGGGAACAAGUGUGACCUGGAGGACGAGCGUGUCGUGUCUACCGAGGAUGGCCGGAGGCUCGCCGAUGACCUUGGUUUUGACUUCUUUGAGGCCAGCGCCAAGGAGAACAUCAACGUGAAGCAGGUCUUCGAGCGCCUGGUGGAUGUCAUCUGUGAGAAGAUGAAUGAGUCCCUGGAAGCCACCUCGAGCCCUGGCAGCAAUGGGAAAGCUCCAGCCCUGGGGGACGCCCCGCCCCCCCAGCCUAGCAGCUGCAGUUGCUAG